AUGGUGCUUAUCAUAGUUGGCCUGGGCCUCUCUGACGAAAGAGACAUAACGGUCAAAGGGCUCGAAGAGGUCAAAAAUGCAGAUUUCGUGUACCUAGAGGCCUACACUGCUGUUCUAGGUGUCGGACCCCAAAAGCUGGAGGAAUUUUUCGGGAAGAAAAUUAUUGAAGCUGACAGAACUUUCGUGGAGCAAGGAAGUGACGAAAUGCUCGACCGAGCGCUCUCUUCAAAUGUUGCGUUCCUAGUCGUGGGAGACCCCUUCUGCGCGACGACGCAUGCGGAUCUAUACCUCCGCGCACGCAGGAAGAACGUGACUGUCAAAGUCGUCCACAAUGCUUCCAUCAUGAAUGCCAUCGGCUCCUGUGGACUGCAGCUUUAUAGGUUCGGAGAGACCGUGUCCAUCCCCUUCUUCGAAGAGUCUUGGCGGCCGGAUAGCUUUUACAUGAAGAUCAAGAAAAACAAGGAUGCAGGCUUCCAUACACUUUGUCUCCUUGAUAUUAAAACGAAGGAGCAAACCGUGGAAAAUAUGAUGAGGGGACGACAAAUAUAUGAGCCACCUCGGUUCAUGUCUGUGCAAACAGCUAUACGCCAGUUACUUGAGGUUGAAGACAAGCUUGGUGAGAAAGUCUGUGCGAGAGAUGCGAAGGCUUUCGGCUUGGCUCGGAUCGGAGCUGCUUCCCAGCAGAUCACAUCAGGGACCCUUGAGGCACUGCUUUCGGUCGACUUUGGUCCCCCUCUCCAUUCUCUGGUUAUAUGCGCUCCGACUCUCCACGAGAUGGAAACAGAAUUUUUCGAGUUGUUCCAGUCGAGCGACAAACCGGCUGCCGACGCCUGA